AUGUUGAUUUUAAUUCUACUUAUUGCACUUGCACUGGUUUCCAGUAGCAAUACAGCACUUACAAGAAAUGAAUUCAACAAUGCUAUUACUUCAAACGGUUAUCCAAAACCAAGAGACAACAGCAUCUACAUUUACCUCUCAAAAUCUACAAACAAAUACUCUCGCGGUGAAUUAGCAAUGCUCCUGGCACAACUGAUUCACGAGAGCGGUGGGUUUCAGUAUAGAGAGGAAAUAGCCUGCAAAGAUACCAAAUGUCCCGGACAAUACGUCGACAAAGUCGGUUUACCGGGCAAAUUCUACUACGGUCGAGGCUUCAUUCAAUUGUCUUGGGGAGUCAACUAUAAGGCUGCCUCGCAAGCCCUCGGUCUCGGCUACAAACUGCUCCAAAAUCCUGACCUGGUCGCGAGCAACACCAAAUAUUCUGUUGACGUUAGCACGUGGUUCUGGCAAAAGAAUGUGAGACCCGCUCUAAAAGGCGCUAACAAGAACAAAUUUGGAGUAACCACUAAAGCUAUUAAUGGAGCUAUCGAGUGUUCCAGUGGUCUGAAUAAGAAUGCCGCUCGCAGAUAUCAGAUUUACCUUAAGGUUGCCGAUGUCCUUAAGAUUAAGAACAAAGCUAAGGAAAAUGGAUGCUACAAUUGA